CCCGCCCCUCAGCUGCCGGACGGGGCGGCGGGGCUGUGCUGGGCGCGGGGGCUGCUGGGUAAUCCGAGUCGACUGAGGGAGAGACAGACAGAGAGGGAGGAGAAGGGAAGGAGGCCUGGCUUCUCUCCCUCGGGGUCGUCGCGUCCUGCCUGAGGCAUGGCGUGGCGGGGCAGCCGUUGGUGGCCCUCUUCCUCCUCCUCGCCUUCUUCCCACUCGCGGUGAUCGGCCCUGGAGGCCCGCCGGCCCUUCUUCCUCCUCCUCUUCUUCCUCCUCGUCGUCGUCUUCCCCUCAGUGGCGGCCACCGGGAAAUGGUCGGGGCGUAGCAGCAGCAGCACAGCAGCCAGCGGAGGGAACCUAGAAACAGCAAAGCUGACAGCAUGCUACGGUGGAUGGACACGAAGGAGGAUCUGUUGGGGACAGAAAGAAAGAAAAAUGAGCAACAUGAACCGUGAAGACCGGAAUGCGCUGCGUAUCAAAGAAAGAGAAAGGCGUAAUCAGGAAAUUCAGCAGGGCGAAGAAGCCUUUCCACCUAACUCUCCUCUCUUUGCUGAACCAUAUAAAGUUACCAGCAAAGAAGAUAAAUUGUCUAGUCGUAUCCAAAGCAUGCUUGGAAACUAUGAUGAAAUGACAGAUAUUAUAGGUGACCGGUCUCUCCAGAAACGUUGCGGAAUGCCCAAGCCAACAGUACCAUCAACAGCAGACGAAAAAUCAAACCAAAGUUUCUUUGGUGACCAGAGACAUAGUGGUGGUUCUCAUCAGAGCAGCAAAUGGACACCUGUGGGCCCUGCACCUAGCACUUCUUCUCAGUCACAGAAGCGGUCCUCAGGCCUGCAAGGUGGACAUGGUAGUCAGCGCAGCAGUGGCAAUAGCACUAGCAGUAGUGGUCAGAGACAUGAUCGUGACUCGUAUAGCAGCAGUGGGAGCAGCAGUAGCCACAAAAAAGCCCAGCAUGGGUCAGAACAUUCAAAGUCCCGUUCUUCCAGCCCUGGAAAACCAUCUGCUGUUUCUUCUUUGAAUCCCAGUCAUUCCAGAUCUCAUGGAGGUGAUCAUCACAGCAAGGAACAUCAGCGUUCGAAAUCUCCGCGAGAUCCUGAUGCCAACUGGGACUCACCUUCUCGUGUUCAUUCAUUUUCCAGUGGUAACCAGUCUUUUCCUCCUUCACUCAUGUCAAAAUCUAACACAAUGUUGCAGAAGCCAACUGCUUAUGUAAGGCCUAUGGAUGGCCAGGAAUCCAUGGAACCAAAGCUAUCUUCUGAACACUACAGUAGCCAGACUCACAGCAACAAUAUGAAUGAGCUGAAACCCAGCAGCAAAGCACAUCUCACAAAGCUGAAAAUUCCUUCCCAGCCACUUGAUGCGUCAGCAUCUGGUGACAUGAGCAGUGUGGAUGAAAUUCUAAAAGAAAUGACCCAUAUUUGGCCACCUCCAUUGACAGCUAUUCAUACACCUUGCAAAACAGAACCUUCAAAGUUUCCAUUCCCAACCAAGGACACACAGCAGUCUAAUUUUGGCACCGGAGAACAAAAAAGGUAUAAUCCUUCAUCAAAAACCUCUAAUGGACAUCAGUCUAAAUCGUGCGAGUCAAACCAGACUGAUGUUCUGAUAAAUGACUUGAAACUUAGCAGCAGUGAAGACAGUGAUGGUGAACAGGACUCUGAUAAGACAGUUCCAAGAAGUACACCUGGAAGUACUUCUGAACCAUCGCAGCAUGCAAGUGAAGGGGCAGACAAUUCUAGGGAUGACUCAAGCAGCCAUAGUGGAUCUGAGAGUAGUUCUGGUUCUGAUUCGGAAAGUGAAAGUAGUUCAAGUGACAGUGAAGCCAAUGAACCAUCACAGAGUGCAUCCCCUGAGCCUGAGCCGCCUCCUACAAACAAGUGGCAGCUUGACAACUGGCUGAAUAAGGUGAAUCCCCACAAAGUGUCGCCAGCUUCCUCUGUGGACAGUAACAUCCCAUCAACACAAGGCUACAAAAAAGAGGGUAGAGACCAAAGUGGCGGGGGUGGAUAUGCAGAUCAAAGUGGUUCUAAAGACUCCAUAUCUUCCAUUCCCGGAAGAGAUUCAAAACCUAGCCAGAAAGGUUCAGAGAGCAACCGUGGCAGGCAAAAGUCACCUGCUCAGAGUGAAAGCAUGACACAGAGGAGAACUGUAGGUAAAAAGCAACCCAAAAAGACAGAGAAAGCUUCUGUGGAAGAGCCCAGAGGAGGCCUGAAAAUAGAAAGUGAAACCCCAAUGGAAAUGACAACUAGUAUACCCUCAAACAGGCACAAGGCUGCCACAAAAGGCUCCAGAAAGCCAAAUAUAAAGAAGGAACCCAAAUCAUCCCCUCGGCCUACGACAGAGAAAAAGAAAUGCAAGGUUGCGAGCAAGUCCACCCAGAAAUCUAAGGAAUUCAUCGAGACCGACACCUCAUCCUCUGACUCUGAUGAGAAUGAGAGCCUUCCUCCUUCAUCACAAACCCCCAGAUAUUCUGAGAGCAAUAGGACUCCUGUUAAACCCUCCAUGGAGGAGGAUGACAGCUUUUUGAGGCAAAGAAUGUUCUCUCCUAUGGAAGAGAAGGAACUCCUAUCUCCGCUCAGUGAUCCUGAUGAAAGGUAUCCCCUUAUUGUGAAGAUUGACUUGAGUCUGUUAACUAGAAUACCAGGGAAGCCUUACAAAGACACAGACCCUUCAAAAACUGAGAGGAAAAAUGUAUCUGAGAAGCACCCAAGGGAGCCCCAGAAAACAUCUUCUGCUGAGAAAAGCUCCAAUAAGGGCAAGAGAAAACAUAAGUUAUGUCAGAAUGCAGAAGAAAACCGAGGCACUGAAAGCAAGAAAAGUAAAAUAGAAGAAAAGACUUCUUCAGUGCAUAAAACUUCCAGUAAUAGAGAGUCAUCUAAACAGAGUGGUGUUAAAGAGAAGGAUCUUCUCCCAUCUCCAGCCAGCACACCAGUUAUCCAAAAAGAUUCAAAGCAAGAGCAUGGGUCUCGUAAGAGAACUGUCAGUCAGUCGUCUUCUUUGAAAUCAAGCAGUAACAGUAAUAAGGAGAGCAACAGCAGCAGUAAAGGUAGCUCAUCUAAACAAAAGAAGACUGAAGGGAAAGCUCCAAGUAAUACUAAAGAAACAAAGGAAAAAGCUUUAAAUAAUACUUCCAGCUGCCCUUCUGCCUCUUCCGCAACUGCAGAUAGUUCAAAGUCUCGCAGAGCAAAGAUGGUAUUUGAUGACAGAACAUAUUCAGCAGAUCACUACUUACAACAGGCAAAGAAGUUGAAGCAUAAUGCUGAUGCAUUGUCUGACAGAUUUGAGAAAGCAGUGUAUUACCUUGAUGCCGUGGUGUCGUUCAUUGAGUGUGGGAAUGCAUUGGAGAAAAAUGCUCAGGAAUCAAAGUCCCCAUUCCCCAUGUAUUCCGAAACUGUGGAGUUGAUCAAGUACACUAUGAAACUGAAGAAUUACUCUGCACCAGAUGCAACGUCUGCAGACAAAAGGCUAGCAGUACUAUGUCUUAGAUGCCAGUCCCUGUUGUACUUAAGACUUUUCAAGCUGAAGAAAGAAAGUGCAUUAAAAUAUUCCAAGACACUAACUGAACAUUUGAAGAAUUCCUACAAUAAUUCUCAAGCCCCAUCACCUGGUAUAGGAAGCAAACCUGUCAGCAUGCCAUCUCCAGUCUCUCCGAAGUUAUCUCCAGGAAAUUCAGGAAAUUACUCUUCAGGGUCAACCAACCCUUCAGGGAGCACGUCUUCAGUAACUAUUCCACAGAGGAUACACCAGAUGGCAGCCAGUUAUGUUCAAGUUACUUCCAAUUUCCUGUAUGCCACUGAAAUUUGGGACCAAGCUGAUCAGCUUGCAAGAGAGCAAAAGGAGUUCUUCACUGAGCUGGAUAAAGUUAUGGGCCCUCUGAUCUUUAAUGCAAGUGUCAUGACAGACCUAGUGCGUUACACCAGACAGGGACUACAUUGGUUGCGCUUGGAUGCCAAAUGAUGAAAGAAAGAACUGAAGAAACAUAAUAGAAGACAACUUUUCUUGCUGCCUCUGAUUUUUUCAACACUGUGUCAUAAAAAAUAAGGAAGUCUGCCAUAAUGCAUUGCUUAGUGAAUGCUCAAGAUUGAGGAAGGCUUUCAUGCGUCUCCCAGCAUCAUGUAUGUGAGAACCUCUGAAUCAUCAUGUUAAUGAACCUUUUUUCAGUUGCCCAAUUUUUAAAAUAUUUAAGAAUAGUUUAAACUCUGCAAUGUUUUAAUGUAAGAUGGAUUCAUUAAGCUGCAAUUGGGUUGGAAAUCUAGUAAUUAUGUCUAAAAAAAUCUGUUUUAAAAUUUAUUUAUUUCAAUUUGUUUUUGAAAGCUCUAUUUUGAGGCUGUUUUAAGAUUUAGCUGUUUUUCCUAUAAAUUUUACCCAAUCAAGUUUUUAGCAAAGAUUAAAUGUAGACACUUUAUUUGUAUUUUGUGGGUUCUUACUCUGUAAUGUCUUGUGGUGGUAGAGCUUGUAAGAGAAAGUCAGGGUUGAUAGAUUCUAAAGUGUAGGAACAUAUUAUCAUGAAUAUCUAUGUCAACCCCUAAAUGACAGCCACAGUUUUACUGUUGUACUCAUUUCCAAGACUGUAUGGAAAGUCAGUUCAGAACAUAUGUCUUAACACUAACAAUCUCAAAACAUUAUUUAAAGUUGCAUUUAAUGCAAUUUCAAAAAGGUGGGUCACAAGGAGUUUCUGCCUCCACAUGUAGUCUAGGAAUGGUGUCAAAUGGACAAUCGUGUGCUUUGAUACAGUGUCUUUCUAUGUUGCUUGUUAUUGUUGGACACUGAAGCCCCUAAACUGAACUCCUGUGUGAAACUUGAUGUGCUUAAUCACAAAAUGUGUGUAGAAGGUAACAUCUGUGCUUCCUUUCUGAUAGGAUUAUGUGGUAUAGGUUAGACCUGUGAUUUACAGGGAGAUUUUUUAACUACUUUGUCCAGUUAAUUUGAAACUUUGCUUUUAUGCCAGUUUAUGGCACCUUCAUUUCUGUUAAUUAUUUGUGAUGGGAACAGAAUUCUUAAAUUUGAAGGAAAAUUACUGUGAUCAGCAAGAAUCAUUCAUAGAAUCUUAAGUGACUGUUUUAAGAUUACUAACCAAAGUACCUUUUCAAAGAAGGUGCUUGCCUGACUAUAAGAAUAUUGCUUAGCAUCCCUAUCAUGUCUGGUGUGCCUUAUGCCUUUUUAGAUGAAGAUUUUGAAUACUGUUUACAAGAGGUUUUACACGUAGGAGUUGGUAUGCUCUGUCCAGUUGGUCUCCUGCAGUACUUUGGUAAAAUUCCACUUCCUUUUCUUAGUAUGAGAGGCUGUCAUUUGUUGACCAUACCUAUGGGAUAUUUCUUAGAGUCAAACUCUGAACCCUUUUAGCGGAGCAUCAUGGAAUGCUGCUUUUCCUGCCCUUGUUCCUCCUGCCCUUGUCCCUGGGCCCCUCUCCCCUGUUGUGAAGGUGCAUGCUCCAGGAAAUGAUUGCACUAAAUGGUUGUCUAGCUAUAUAGCUAUGUGCCAAAACGACGGCAAGCUUUGAAAGGAAGAGUAGAAUUCUACAUUCGUGAGUACUGCAGUGUGCCCUUAGGACCUCGAAAGUUGUGGGGCUUCAUCAAUUACAACAAUUUCACUAAGCGAUAACUGGCACAUAUAGAAGAUUGCAUCUCUUCCUUCUAGGGGUACUUGAUCUUUGGAUCUGUUCCUUUGAAAUCACUGCCCCUGAGUUCUCUAUUCUCAAUCAAGUAUAUUGUUUCUUUGUUGCACUGUACUCACAAGAAGGUUUUAUAAAAUGGAGAAACAAUGACCAGUAUCCGAAAGUAUGUUUUGGUAUCCAGUGUCUUCUCCUGCAACAUUCUAUGAUGUAAAAAUCUGAUCUAGAGCAUUUCCAGGCUCUUUGGUGCAAGCUUUUUUUAUUACUCAUAGUGAAAUGUAGGAAGGCUAUUUUGGCAGAAGCAGUGAGAUCCAUCAGAAGUGUUCUUUUGGAUAAUGCCUAGACAAAUUUGGUCACAUCCAUACUGCCUCUGUUUAUACAAAAGACAUAUAAAAUUAUGCUUCCCAAAAAGAUUUAAUAUGCACAAGCUAAGACUCAGUAAAACAAUGGACAAAGCUGUAUGUCUUGCUACAUUUUCAUGCUUUUGUCAAUAUUGUCACUAGGAUUAGUGUGAGCAGCUGUUGUGUGGAUCUCCUUUGUUUUAUCAAAGAGUUCAUUGUGCAUAGAUUCUCCACACAAGAGUAGUACUUUCCAAUAAUUGUUUUCAAGAGGGGAAAGGCUUACAUGGUUCAUUUUGCAUGAACUGCGUGUAUUGAAGAAAUUCAAAUACAUGUGUGUGCUAGGCUGGAUUGGUAUGCAAAGGGGUUUUAUAGCAACUUUGAGACUGAGAAAAAUAAUCAUAGAAUCAUAGAGCUGGAAGAGACCACAAGGGCCAUCCAGUCCAAUCUCAUUGUGUCAUGCAGGAACAUGCAAUCAAAACCCGCUUGACAGAUGGCCAUCCAGCCACUGCUUAAAAACCUCCAGAGAAGGAGACUCCACCACACACCGAGGCAGGAUAUUCCACUGCCAAACAGCUCUUACUGUCAUUAAGUUCUUCCUAAUGUUGAGGUGUAAUCUCUUUUCGUACAAUUUGAAUCCUUUGCUCUGUGUCCUAGUCUCCUACUCAACAUGACAUCCUUUCAUAUACUGGUGUGUGGAACUUGUGACUCUCAGGAUGAUGAUGGAUUCCAGUACCUGUUAGGACAAUGAUCAGUGAUAAUGGGAAUCCCCGGGAAAGCCAUAAGUUCUUUACGCCUCUCCGAUUCUCAGUCCAAACAGAAAGAGUGAAGAUGCUAAGAUCAGUGUGCAGUUUCCCCAUCUCAAAUAUUCAGAAGAGCCUGGUACACUUGCUCUACUGAAGCCUCUACUUCAGGAGUGAGAGUGAUACAGUCCUCUAAACGUUGGGUCUGCCCUUCCCAGGAAUCCUAAGCAGCUUAAUUGAUGUGCGGAGGGCUCAGAGUUUCAGCCCAACACAUCAGGAACACUGGGUGAUUCCCACAUCUGUUUUGCGCUGUCAGGAGCUUGGGUACAUGCUCACAUGUUUUGUAGUGCCAUAGUGAUAAAUUGUGUGAUCUAGCUUGCUUUUAUAUGUAGGUGCCAAUGGGAAAACCUUUCUAAAAUGACUUUGUUUUUAAAACAAAAAUCCACUAUAUCAGAUUGUGCUUCCAUGUGAAUCCUAAGCAUUUGUAUCUUCACUCAUCUACCAAGCUCUCGUUUAAGUGCAGGAAUGAGCUAGCAGGCAUGAUAAUGGAUGCCUUCCAGAGGGUAUUAUCUAUGUAUCCUAAAUAAAUGCAGAGUGUUACUUCUUCCUUGUUAUGAACUGGUUUGUAACCAGUUUGAAUUGGACUUGUCAAAUAUCAAAAGGCCAUAUAACUGAAAUGAGUUAUCUCUGAAGUGCAUGAGUAAUUUGCCAAAAUGAAUUUUUCAGUGCAAACCUGAGAUAAGCUUCUACUUUUCUUAAGAGCAAAAGCAAGUUACCAGCAUAAAUCUGCCCUUAAGAUUCACAUUUUUGGACAUCAGUUAGUUGCAAUGAAUGUGUCUUGUUGCUGUCAAUGGGACUAAAGCAUGUCUACAUUCAACUAAAUAGAACCUUGUUGUUAUAUUUUAUUACUCAGACACAUUUCCCUCAUGUAUUGAAGACGAUAAAAUGUAAGGGUCUCAUGUUGCUGUAUUAACACAUAUCAGUGUUGUAGCAUUAUCCGAUUAUGCGCCUUUAAAAUGGGCUUAAUAGUCACACUAGGCUUGCUCAGGUGUUUCAAGUAAUUCUGAAUUUUCUCUCAGACUUCCAGGGUUGUAAGAGAGCAAUUCAUGAAUGGUGAUGCAAGACCCACUGGUGGGACCCUGUGUUUCACCAGACUGCUGGCAGUGGGUUCAUGAGACAGUGUAGCACAAGGCAUUUGGAAAGUUUCGAUCUAGGGGCUAGGAACGGCAUAGAAUGCAGCCGGCAGAUCCCAAACUAAAGCAAAAUUCUGAUGGUGGAUCCUUUUAAUAAACACUUGGCUACUUCAUUUUUUAGAAGAUUAAAUGAACCUCCAGGUGCCAGACCAAUCUGACCUGGCAUAUUCAGUUUAAUAUGGUUUCAAUGUUUUGGCUGUAAAGCAGAGCGAGUGGCUCUUGACCUUUAAGACAGCAGUAUGCAAUUUGUAAUAUACAUGUUUCUAAUACAUAUAUCGACAUGCUUAUAUAGAUGAAUGAACUCAAGUCUGUCCAAAGUUUGUUAUACUUGUGUUAGAUGAUAGUGCCGCUGACUAUAUCAAUAUAUUUAUUGAGUGCAGAGCCAUCCUCAUUUGGGUGAUGGUGGUAAAUUUUGCAUAUUAUGCAGGAGUGCUAUUGGUUUCUUUUAGACUAUUGAAGCUUGAGUGCUGUGAUUUUUAUACAAAACAGUCCCUGUAGUGUGUGUUAUAAGCCGCCACAGCAGGUAUGAAGUCUGUGGGUGUAAGCGCUUGCCAAAGGCAAGUAAAACACAGCUGUAGGCAGAUAAUUGUAUAGUUUGCCAAUAUGGCAUAUAAUGGGAAAGACUACCUUUGCUAUAUGUAGUAAUAUUUCCUUGCACUGUAAACUCUGCAGUAUUUUUAUUAAAGUGGUUUAGGUGGACCUGAGCAAAUCAAGACUGAACACAUUUUACCCAUAUCGGAGGUAAAUACCAUCCAAACUGUAUGUCCUGAAUGGCAAAUAUUUCAUAAAUAUUUGGGUCAAGGGCAUAAUGACUUUAAAUUGUAAUUGGAAGCCAGUAUUGUGGGAGAGCUGGGUUUUCGGUAACUACUUUAAUGUUGAAUCUCUUUCAAAAGAACUCUGUUCAACCAUUUCUUUUCUCCAGAGACAGAAAAUCCAACUUAAUUGCAAAAUGUGACCAUCAGGUACAUUAUUUUGGGAUGAUCUCUCUAAUAUUUUAUUCUUUUUCAAAAUAGCUGUGAUGGGUUAAUUGUAACAUUCUCACUGGAGUGAGACUAUCCAGGAAAACCCAAGCAUUUGUACAAAAUAUCUCCUCCUACAGCCCCUUCCUUGCUGGUUCACCUAGGUUUUUCUAUACACCCAGUUGAAGACAUUUUGAACUGCUGCUUCUGCUCAGAUAAUUAUCAAAACAGAUUGAACAUUGACUUUGCUUCUUAAUUACAUCUGUAAUUUCGGAAAGUACUGGUUUCUGACAACAGAACCAAUGCUGGCAAAGUGGACUGUCUCCUUUCUCCUGAUUUAUCAGCCUCAUCAGUAUUGGAGAAAGCGAACUCUGAGAACUGGCUUCAUGGGCCAGGCAUCUAUCACCUUCGCAAGCACAGUUGCUGACCUUUGUAUCUGGUUUCCCUUUUAAAUGGUUUUAAGAAGUUUUGUAUAUGGAGGAUAAAGUGCUUAUAUAUUUAUUAAAGAUCCUUUAUCGUAUUUGAAAUUGUUCGGUAAGGAAGGUUUUUCUUUUCCUUUUAGGGGCAAACUGGUGGGGUGGAAUGGGGUGGGAAAAGGUUAGUUUUAACCUUUAACUUAUCAGAUUUUUUUUUUAAAAAAACCUUAAGCAUGCAGCUUGGUACUGAUCAUGACUGGCAGGAUGGCUCUCUGUUGUAUGCUUUGUACAUGACAUGUCCAUGUCUUACACAUUUUGUUACUUAUCAAUGUAUUUAGUCAUCUGUUUUCAACCAAAACUAAACUUUUAAAACACAACUGUGAUCCCUCCCUUUUUUUCUUUGCAAUACAAUGGAAAUUUCAAAAGGGUACGUUGGGACUCCUAAUUAGGUUUUCUAAGUCAGUAUGUGCAUUUCACGUAUGUUAAUGGUGAGCAAAGUAUUAUAUACUAACUAGAUUUUUUUCCACAUCUGUAUAGUAUAUUCUAUGUAUUUUGUGGUAUUGAGAUUAUAGAAAGUUUAGUGUCUGAAAUAUGCGUUUAAUGUGUAUUUUUAAACAAAUUUAUGGCAAUUAAAUAUUUGGAGAAAAGGGUAUCACAUUUCAAUUUGUAAAGAUCUUUUUAACUACUGUGUCAUUAAAAUGCUUUGUACAAUGCAAAACUGUAACUGGAGAAACUAAGUUUAAUAAAUAUCAAAUAGAUUUUCUGUAUUAAACUUUAUAAGCACUGUG